AUGGGGUAUAAUCACCACAACCCUCCUGCAACCUGCCGCUCGUGGCAAGACGUGAACGAGCAGAUGCGGCAAUGGUACGACUCGGCCGAGUCUGUCGCAUUUGCCUACAUUGAAGCGCCCACCGCAUCGGGCAAGAGCACCAGACUGGUCAACGACCUUGGACGAAUUGCGGCAACAUCGGCCAACAAGACGACUCGGGCUCUUUACAGUACCUCGACAGUUUUGGAAAUGGCCCGAAUUCAGCAGUGGCACGCACGGCAGCGCAACGACGCGGACAACGAUCCAAAGAUUGAGAUAGUGGCGGAUCCGACGGAAAUGGUUGGAAAAGUCGUGCCAGACGAGGCGGCAUGUCAGCUUGUCAUCUUCGACUUGGACGAGGACUGGGGCAUGGAGUUCACUGUUGCCAUGCUGAGGUUGGCAUCGGUGCUUCCGACUAAAGGCAUGUUACGGAUUGUGUGGCUGGCAUCUGUAGCUUUCAGCGAUGAGCUCAAACGUGCAAUGCGACUAUUCAACGAAUACAACGGCUCGGCCAUCACCACGCUCCAGCUUGUGUAUGCGACUCGCAAGUUCAGCCUGGAAGCAAUCAAAUGGGAAUCGUACGAGGGGGAGGAAUGGACGGACGAGUCGACGAGGCAGAUUACAACGAAGGUGAUUGCAGACCACAUGCUGCAGCUCCGUAGCGCAGCGGACUACCAGAGCGAAGUUGUAUUGUUCGGGUCCGACGAAGGAAACGUCAACGACAUGAAGCGCGCCAUUGAUGCGAGAAUUCAUUCCCACGUCCGAGGCUUCAUGAUGUCGCCGGACUCGAUUCGGGUCACACGACAGCGAAUGGCCAAGGGCUUUGAGCCAUCACUCGGCAUGCGACACAUCAUCUUACAGGAUGCUGAAAACACAAUCAUCUGGGACGAGCAGUAUCUGCAGUCUGUUCUGCACCGGAAACCACCACCGGGCAGCGUACACAAGGCCCAGGCGGCAUGCGCGUUUGCACACGAUGCAAGGAACGUCACCGUCCAUGCCUUGCUUUCGCCACGGGCGAUCCUGAACCAGAAGCCACGCCGCAGAUUCGAGGAGGAACACCUGGCCUCCUUUCUCUUAGUCGCACUCUCAACGAAAGGAAUGACCUUGCAAAGGGCGCAACGCGCCUUCGCUUCCAAUGGCCGAAUCUGGAACCCGGCAAUCAAGAGACUCCAGAUGUUGGGGUACCUGCACGAGACGGUUGACAGUCCCGUCAAUUACAGAGUAGAUGCCGGCGCCAGCACUGCCACUGUCGGUCUGAUACAUUUGACAGGAUGGCAUCUCUCGGCAGCCCACUUCUUGUCUUCCAUCACCGGACUUGUGCCCGCCAACGCGCGAUUGGUAAUGUGCGAAAUGGCCGCCAUGAAUCAGGCGUUCCACGAAGGCGAUGCUUUGUUUUCUUAUGACUUGGAAAGGCACAAAGAUGAAGUGCUACGCGGCGAGCCCAUCGAGGAAGAAAUAGCUGGGCUACGAGACGAAGUGGAUCACACGUUCCAGACACUCUUUUCACGGGGAUCCUUUUGGGCUGCGGUCGGCUUGUACCGCGCGGUCAAGACGGCCAUGGAGAAGGAGCCAGCACCUGUCUGGAGGUCCAGGGACAAGAGAAUGAGCAUCUCUGAGCGCGCAGUACAGCUGGUGGCUCUGCGGAGCAACGAGAUGCUCUGUGGGGUGAACGCCCGGCUCGGGUCAUCAAGCGGACUUGCAGAUGCGGAAUUGAGGCCACGUGACGUGUUUUUCAUCGACAGGCAGUUCUUUUGUGCCUGGGUACACCGCUUGGUCCUGGUCAACGACCUGGUCAACGACCCGGGCGAGCUCGACAACGAUCCAGACAUGUGCCUAGCUUGGUCGAGCCACUCCAUGUCUCUGGUCCCAGGGGAGCCUCAAGGAUUGUUCCUCUUCGACGCUACGCGUCAGGCUGAAGGCGGGCUGUUUUGUCUCAUUGGAAAUUGCCUCGUGAGGUCCAAAGGACAGACCAGUCUCUGCAUGCCGAGGGCCUUCAAUCUCCCAACAACCAGACCGUGGCUCGAGCACAUGAAUCUCACAAUCGACACUCUGUCUGUCGGCUAG